CAAGGAGGAAAACAAUGUCUGCGAGGUAGUGCUUACAAAUUUCUACUUUUCAGACCAUUGCAUCUCAAAGGAGCAUCAACUGAGAGCUCUGUGACUCAUGUGAUGUACGGCAAUGUCCUAUGAACCGCCUGGGUUCACUAAAAACUCUAUCUACAGCCAUGGAAAAGUCUACGAAAGUACGAGCAAAGUUGGGUCUACGUUCUCCAGCUUUGAGAAGCCAGUUGCAAAUGGUGCUGCAAAGUACCUCAGUCGGAAUGAAGGCGGAAGACACAAACGAAAUUACAAACUCCUCAUCGAUCCUGCUUUGAAGAAAGGAUCCGAAAAAAUUUUUCGCUUUGAUGGCGAAUUUCCUGGGCAACCACCAAUUGUCCCAAAGGACCCACGCUCAAGAAGGACUCGAAUUUGGACACUGAAUAAAGCCGAUCUACCUGUACCCAAUUUCAAGUUCGACAAGUACUAUGUUGGCACGCCACCGCAAAGAGAAGUUGUAUUCACAGGACUUAAUGAUAAUGUAGACAAAAAAUUCCUGCAAGAAAUGUGUCAAAAGUAUGGCAAGGUUGAACAUAUCAAAAUUUACUACGACCCUCUCACGAAGAAACACGCCGGAAAGGCUCGUGUGACCUUUGACUUAACAAAAUCAGCCAAGUUGGCUUGUACUAAGCUGAAUUCAUUCUCAGUAAUGGGAAAUAUUAUUUCAACUCAGCUUGAACCAAAUCUUAAAGGAAUCAAUUCAAGACAUAAGUUACAUAAAAGCAUGGACAAACCAACCAGUAAAGAAUCAUUUUAUCAUCAACCAGCUAAACAGCCCAUCCACUACCCAACUCCUCCACCAUCUACAAACUGUCACUCCCCUUCUAUUGAUAGCAGCUUGUCAACUCCAUGUACACCAAAAACAAACCGACCUGUUGAUCCAAGGAUUAGAAAUACAACACCUGUCACUCCACCAUUACCUGAUCUGUCGUCGUCAACAAGCAAUGUUCAGAAAAGUUUUGGUUCACAGUUAUCAGGACAUGGAAUGUUUUCAUCUUCCUUGUCAUCUUCAUCAAGUUCAUUUGAGCCCAUUUCUCCUCCACCUGCACCAUCAAAAGAUUUUGAAGAUACUCCUGUAGAUGGCGCACCACCGCUACCACCUCCCAUUGAUACAAGUGCUUCAUUUUUACGCUAUGAAGAUAUCUCACCUGAGCAACCUCCUACUCCUGAUGCUGUGCAGAAUACCAAGAGUUUUAAUCUAGUCCCAACAAGAAUUAGUGAUGAAUCUAAGAUCUCUAGAAUGAUUGAAAGUGUCAGGAAAGAUUCAAGUAGACACAGCCCUGGCAGGGAUCCUAGUCGUUCACCAAAAAGUGACAAAUAUGAUUCUAGAAGUCAUGACUUGAAACACUAUAGUGAACAUGACAGAGAUAAGUACAGGGAUCGCUACUACAGCCGUGAUUAUAGAGAUGAAAAGGAUUAUAGACGAGACACUAAAAGAUCUGAUAGAUAUUCUGAGCAUAGAUAUAGUAGACAUUAUGAUUCCUGGAAAGACUCUUCCUACAGUGAAUAUAAAUCCAGGAAAAGUGAAUACAGUCGAGGAAGCUACAGAGAUGACUAUGAUAAAAGACAUGGUGACAAAUCAAAAGACAAUUCAAAAUAUAAAAGAAGUGAUCGAUAUUCAACAAGUCCUAGAAGACCUGAAGACAGAGACCGAUAUACCACAAGUCCUCAUAGAAGUGAUGACCGCAGGAAAUCAGAAGACUUGUACAGUAAAGAUGAUUCUAAGUCAAGAGACCGGCAUGGGGUAAGAUCACCUGUUGAUGGUGAAACGUAUCCUUAUACAUCAAGUAGAGAAGAUAAGCGAGGAUCAAGAGGAACACGGAAUCAGUCCCCUGCUAAAUAUGGAAAAUCUCCUGUAACGUCUCACUCGAGAAAAGGACCAGUUAGUCCACCUGGUAGCCCAAAUGAAGUUAUUAGCUAUCAUGGUUCAAAUAGACACUCUAAAGAACCAGCAAUUGAUGAUCAGUUUGGUUCAGAUAAGGAAAAAACCAAACAGUUGUUUGGUCUUGAUGUUAUACGAAAAAGAAAAUUGUCCAAUAGCACUGAUGAUAGUGAAGAUUGUAACUUCAAGUCCAAAAAGUCACAUUCCAAAAAACUUACUGAGUGUGAAAAUGAGAGAUAUUCUCCUGAACUUUUUGAUGAAUCUAAGAACAAGAAUGAAGAAACAGCAUGUGAAUCAGGACAGCAUAAGACUGAUGAUUUGCCAGAGAUUGAGGAUAUAUCACCUUGCCCAUCACCCCAAGGAACAGUAACUGUUAAUGCCGAAGUAGUGAAGACAUCAGAAGAGCACAGCAGUCUUUAUUCAGACAUUGAAACCAAUGAUGAAUUAGCAACGACUGACAGCAAAACUGAGGACCAGGAUGACGAUGCCAUGUCGCUCUCAUCCAUCAGCUCAAAUGAAGACUUUGAACUUAAUGAACCAUCCAAAAAGAUAUCACCUCAACCAAAGACUGUCUCUGUUCCUCCACCAAACAUGGUGUUCUCCUUGCCACCUCCCAUGAUUCCUCCUCCUUUGCUCUUUAACCCUCAUGUACCUCCCCCUGGGAUACCAAUUCCUCCUCCUUAUCUUCCUCCACCUUUGCCUGGAGCUAUUCCCACUCAUAUGCCUCCUCCUCGUCUAAGUGGUGUUCCCAUACCUCCACCCAUACCACCACCUACUGUACUACCCCCUAUACCAGGAACAUCUACAUCAUAUUCGAACAGAUACCAGCCACCUAUCGGAGGAUAUAGAGGACAAGGUUUUGAGUAUAAACCAAGCAAACAAGAACAAUACUGGAACUGGAAGAGACAGAUAAUUGAGGUGGUUUGUAAGACGAUUCACAGUGAUCUUGAUACUGUUUUAAGCAGGGAUGUCCUUCGUAAGCUGGUUGAAUCAUCGGCAUUCAAGAGUCUUGAUGCUUGGUGGGAGAACCAAAAGAAACCAAAGCCAGCACCAACAUCAUCAAGUACAUCAAGUACUGCUACAGUUGGACAAGUGACAUCAUCAUCAUCUACAUUGCUUGGCCCUAGUCCCUUUGAUCGCUCUCAUAGUAUGGCACUUGGUUUCCGUGCGUCAUUACCAAAACUACCAUCAUUUAGACGUCGUGCUCCAGAACCAAAGGAAGACAUCGAUAAGAAGGAAGAACUUUCUAAAGCGCUCACUGAAAAGACUUCACAUGUUGGUUUCUCAAAGAAGAGAAGAAUAGAUGAUUCAGAAACUGAUACUGAGACAUUAAGCUCUUUGCAUGAAGGAAAGAGGCAGCGUACAACGAGUAAUUUACUUGAUGAUGAUGAUGAUAGAAGUCAGUCUCCAUGGCAACAUCUUGAUGACAAUUUGGAAGCUGCACCCCCAGCAAUGGAUGUCAGAGUGACAAAGGGUACUGAUAGACGGACAAGCACAGGGUCUUCCCUGUACAACACUAUCUACUCUAGUGAGAGUGAAGGGGAAAGUGAAAGUGAAGAUGAGAGUGAAUACAAAGAUGAAAGUGAAGAUGAGCAAGAAGAGUCCAGCGAAGAGGAAGUAUCUAGUGAUGAAGAAUCAGAAGAGGAAUCUGAAGAAAGUGAUGAAGAUGAAAAGAAGGAAAUUCAAAUAGAUUUAAGCAAAAUUCAAGAUGAUAAACUUGAUGAUGAUUCAGAGGACGUUGAAGUGGGCAGACUUGUGGACAGCGAGGAUAGCUUAGUAGAAAGUGCACUGGAGGAAAAUGACCAAGUGUCCUUGAAAAGUACUGUAGAAACUGUGACACUCUCACAAACUACAAAGUUUGUUAACUUAGAAACUCUUCCAAUGCUUCCUGAUAAGGAUAAAGAAACUGUAAAGGAUGAUGAACUUGAUUCUUCUAAAGAUAAAAUUAAAACAGUUGAAGAAGAUUUAAUAACAGAGGAAAUAAAAGACAAGGAUGAUAUAUUGAAAGAUGAUAAAGAAUAUGAUAAAUCAGUUGACCUUGAAGUAAAGGAAAUUACAGAGAAUCAUGAAAAAACAGAAGCUAAACUUUCUAUUGCUUCUCUUGUGGAACUUGAUCAUUCAUAUGGACUAGCUCCUAGGGAUGCUACUCCUACCAUAGACGUUGAAGGGCUAGAAAAUGAAACUCCUGAGAAGGAAGUUAUCGCUGACCAUGUAACUCCAAAAGUUGAAAAGAAAGAGGCAGUCAAAGAAAAGCCAGUGUUGGUACCUGUACGUAAGCAAUUGUUUCCUGUGCGGAGUUUUGAACAAGAUGAUGAACUUGUCUAUGAAUUCCUUAAAACUGGCUUGGACUACGAAGAUGCACACUUUUUAAGGACUGGAUUUGAGCAGCUGAAUCAAGUGUGUUCUGAGUCUGUUAUCGCUGCAAAGUGGAGCUUUCAUCCUGUGACUACACUGCCUCUUAACCAGCCCACUCCAAAACGCAGGCGGCAAAAGAUUGAUUUUGGUACACAGCAUGUGACUGGGUGUGCUCGAUCCGAAGGUUAUUAUAAGAUAGAUAAAAAGGAAAAGGCUAAAUUUGCAGAAAACUUACACAAGCAAGUGGAAGAAAAGGAUGCACCUGAUGUGGAAGAACCGAAAUUGGAUGCAAGCAAAGGAAAACAGUUAUCACGUGAGAAUCGAGCCAUGCAGAGAAGACUGCAGUCAGUUGUUUUUAAUGAAGACUUUGGAGAUAUACUUAAAUUCAAUAAACUUAGGGUUCGCAAGAAGCAGCUCAAGUUUGCCAAAUCUCCCAUCCACGACUGGGGCUUAGUUGCCCUGGAACCAAUCGCAGCAGAUGAAAUGGUUAUAGAAUACGUUGGAGAAAUGAUCCGUCAAGUUAUUGCUGAUACUAGAGAAAGGAAUUAUGAAGAACGUGGUAUUGGCAGUAGCUACAUGUUUCGUCUUGAUGAGGAAACCAUUAUUGAUGCUACAAUAAAAGGCAACUUUGCUCGGUUCAUUAACCACUGCUGUGAGCCCAACUGCUAUGCAAAGGUGAUUGCCAUGGAAAGUGAGAAGAAAAUUGUUAUUUACUCCAAAAGAGACAUUCAAGUAAACGAAGAAAUAACUUAUGACUACAAAUUCCCUCUGGAAGAUGAAAAAAUACCAUGUUUGUGUGGAGCCCAACACUGUAGGGGCACAUUGAAUUAACCAAACUAUGAAAAUAUUUAUUCUAUUAUCUGUUGAAUGGCAUUAAUACCAAAAGUGAAUAUUUUUCUGUUUAACGGUUGACAAUAUUUUUGAAUAGUUUCAUAAAAUCUUUUAUUGUUAAGGCUGAAACUGAGACUGUAUUUGAUACUGAGCUGAAGUAAUGAAAUCUUUGAAAUCAAGUAGAAAUAAUAAGUGCAUUUGUUGGACAAACAUAUGAUGAACAAUUGACAAUUCUCAUUCCUGUCAUGUAGCACCAUUAGAGGCAUGAUAAGCUUGUUUAAUUGCAAUUAUUAUCAUGUGAAAUGAUUAUCAAUUAUUUUAGUGUUGAUGCAUAUAGAGUGGAGGUCAUAUCCAUGAAACAAUUCUUAGCUAUUUUAUUACAAACUAGUACUUAAUUAUGCAUUUGAUGAAUUCAAAGAGUGAAUUAUCAAGCAAAGAGCCUCUAAUGCAUAUGCAUUAUGGCUUAUUGUCACAUUUUGAGGAAAUUAAGUAUUUUAUUGUAAGUGAAGAUGUUUUCGCAGAAAAACAAUGCCAAAUGAUAUUGGUAAUCAUUCUGAUCAUGAAUUCACAAAAGAUUUAAACAAUAAUAUUGCUUUUCAGUUGUGUUCACUGCAGAAUUAAUGAAAAUCAACUACUACAGGCUAAAUUUGUUUCUCAGUAAAAUUACUGAGUUGAAGUUGAUUAUGAAGUUAAUAUAUGUAUAUUAACCUUGAAUUCAGUCAGAAAUAUGACAUAAGCCCCACAAAGGAAAAUCAAUUUAAUGAUAUGAUGACAAAACUACUUACUGCCUGUACUUCCCUUCCACAUUUGUACAGUCUCAAAUUGAGGAGUUACUUUCAACACAAGAUGGUUAUAAAAUUGUUUCAUGUAUUGACUGCCAUCACUGUUAUAUGCAUAGCAAAUGAUGAACUUAUAGCAAUUAUUUAAAAGAUAUUGAGAAAUUCAUAUUUCAGUUCAGUUUCACCACUACCUCACAGCAUGACGUUUUUAAAAAUGUAUGAAAUACACAAAGCCGUUUGAUAAUAUGUAUAUAUUUGACCUAAUAAAAGGUUACUUUUCAAAUAAAGUCCUGUUGUAAA